CGAUCGUGCCCUUUCUACUCCGGAGCCUCCGAGAGAGGUGUUCAAAAACCAACCCAUCGAGGCAGGCGUUGUUCUUUUGCCGCUCUUUGAGUUCACGAGGAUCAAUCCAACUUUCCCUCUGAUCUUGAUUGCGCCGCCAGAGACCAAAUCCAGCUCAGAGUCGUCCCCACCAGCUACGCUCAUAUCGCUUUCGUCUUACGUGUUGACCCACGCAUCUUCGACGUCUUCACCGCGCGCUAUCGGAUACGCGAAUUUGUGUCUCAACAUUCUCUUAUGUUUGGUGCAAAACAACGGCGUUCUGAUCGCCUUUUCACAACCAAGCGAUGAGAAAAUUCGACUGUGUCGGCAGCGGCCACCUGUUUUACCUGUUCCUGGACCAAAACGACCACCGUUGUGCGCCAUACUAGACUGCUGCGUCCUCUGGCUGAGGCAUAACCUACAUAAGAGGUUGGAGGUGCA